AUGGCAUCGUCUACCAGUGCUGCCCCUGUUGCUGCUACAGAAGCAGAUGCUCUCAACGCAGAAACACCUCGCCUGAUUUUACGCACCUAUAAAGCAAGUGAUCAUGAUCAAAUUGACCAUUUAUUCUACAGUACUUACUUCACAUUGGUGCCCGAAGGUGUCAAGUGCAAGCUCAAGUCUCCGUUAUUCUGGGUCCUGUGGAUUGCUUUCUAUUCCUACUUGCUGGGCAUUGUGCCUGUCUUGCUGUCUGGCAUGAACUUUCCAUCAUGGUCAUCCACUGCUCUCAAGAUCUUCUUUACAUUUGCAUGGUCCAUCGUCUCGUUUGCCGGUAUAUUUGUCGUGACAGAUAGAUUUGAGGUGGUUGACAGAGUCGAGCAAGUACGUCAAAACGAUUUGAGCGAUCCAGAGGUAUACUAUUUGAAUUGGACAAAAGAAGAGGUACAGGUGGAUGAGGAUGACAAUGUGAAGGCUGGAAAGAAGCGUGUCACCUUUGACAAGGAUGCCAAACCUGCAACUGAACUCGUACGCACGCAAAAGCCAUUGGAAGAGCAAGCACCCUCUCAUUUUUGGGUGCUUACAUUGGACAACAGACCCUGUGGCAUGGUCGGCCUAGCUCAUUACAAGGAACAAUUGAAGAGCAACAGACCAUUGCAGCCUCCUGCUUGGAAACUACUCGCUGCAGCCGCUUUAGCAAGAUACCGUUUGCCUGUGCCAGAGUCACUGAAGGAUCUGCAGGCCAAGAUGCCUACACCUGUGUUUGCUGAACCUCAUGAACCCAACAAGGCGACGCUUCAACGUCUCGCUAUCAAGACUGACUAUCAAGACUGCAACUUGUCGACUUUAUUAAUUGACAGAGCCAUGUCAUGGGCAGAUGAAAAGGGCAUUGAGAUAGUGGAGGCAAAGACAAAUGAAUUGGAGACAAAGGCUGCUCGAAUUUUGAGUAUGCAACAUGGAUUCAAGCUGGUCAAGACCGAAAAGAAGGGAUGGUUUGGUCAACAUGAAAAGACAUGGACUUGCAAUGUUAAGGAGUGGAUGGCUGCUCACGAAGAAGGUGCCAAAACUUACAAGAAAAAGUAA